AUGAAGUUCGCGCACGAUCUCAAGCAGAAUCUUGCUAGCCAGGGUUUUCCACCACACUGGGUUGAGCGGGCUAUACCGUACAGCCAACUGAAGAAAUGCCUUAAGAAAGUCCAACGUGAGCUUCAAGACUUGGGCCUUGACCAGGAAACGCUGCGCGCUCUUCUAAGUGCCGAAGAAACGGCACCAGUCGCCCUUCAGUACAAACUACGACAAUCGGGAUCUAAAUUUGUGCGCCCCAAGCUUACCGUCAAUGUACAUCUACGCGACGGUGUGGCGGUUGACGCAUCCUUGACUCGGGAGUCGAGAGGCUUCCUUGAGAAACUAGCGAGCGAGAUACUAGACGACAACAAGCGUGAAUCACUGGACCAAGUACGAGCGAACCGACAGAAUGAUUCUGGCUCCAGCGAGAGGCUCAAAGCCGACGCAAAUAAUGGCGAUAUUGGCAAUUACGAGACAAUCGAAGUCCCGCUUGUGUUCGACGCCGAGUUCUUCGACAUGCUGCAAAAUGAUGUCAAUGAGUUGGAUGCGCUGCAAGCAGAAGAGCAAAAACAACUGACUACCGAGAUCACCGAGCUCUCGAAGGAAGUCUCUGCCGUAUCCCGACCUAGUCGCUUCUCGAAGAGUGAUAUGGUGCGCUGGCGCGAAAUAUUCGAGUUAUAUCUGGAUUCAAACGUCUUUUUCGCAACGCAAGAGUGCGACCAUGGUGCAAGGAACAGCCAAAGAGCGCUUAAACAACUCCAAUGGUUCCAGAAUGAAGUUGAGAAGCGCAAUUUAGCACGCGAUUUCAAAAUUCCACAAAGUCGCCAUGCUUUCACCAGGUUUCUGCAGCUAAACGCGAGCCUGCUGAAGAACUUGCAAUUUCAAGAGCUCAACAAGCUUGCAGUAUCCAAAAUUCUGAAAAAGUUUGACAAGCGAACAUCGUUAGGCGUUUCCAAGUCUUUCCCUAAAUUCAUUCUCUCCGAGGGUCUUCUGGCUGGCGGUAUCGCUAAAGAUGUUUGCGCCUCCAUGUCUCAAGAGUUAGUAUCAGUAGUACCGCAGAUCAACGACUAUCUCUGCCCAGUCUGCUUUUCCGUGGCCUAUCGCCCGGUGAGGCUUGACUGCAAGCAUGUAUUUUGCAUCCGAUGCAUCAUCAAGAUUCAAAGACGCAAAGAGACGCAUUGCCCCCUAUGCAGAGCUGAUGUAGUGAUGUCUGCAUCCGCAGACAACCUCGACCAUCGGUUGGAGAGGUACUUAGAGAAGUAUUUUCCCAAAGAGGUGAAAGAAAAGCAGAGAGCGAACGAGAUGGAGCGCGGGAUUGAAGACUAUGGGCCUGGCUACAAGCACCAGGAUUGUCUCGUGAUGUGA